CGACCCAGAGCCAGUGGAAUAGAUAGAUUCGCGCUGCCCUUUAAGUUUCCUUACACGACAAGACGCAGAAAAUUGAACUCCGGCCAGCAUGGCAGCGACAUUGCGAAGAUUCAAUGGCUUGAGAUUGCUAAAAUCUACGCCAGCAUUGAAUCUGCAACAGGCCAAGAACCUGUCCACGGCUUCAAGCUGGGCAAAUAACAACAAAAAGCUGAUCGGUGCUGUGGGCGCUAUUACCGGCGGCGUUGGUGCCUUGCUGUUUGCCCUGGAGCAAUCUGUGGAAGCCUCCGGCACCGAGGUGCAUUCGCCUGCCCAGCCCUGGAACCACAAGGGUCUGUUCUCCUCGCUGGAUCACCAGAGCGUGCGUCGCGGCUAUGAGGUUUACAAGCAGGUGUGCUCCGCCUGCCACUCGAUGCAAUACAUUGCCUAUCGUAAUCUGGUUGGCGUCAGCCACACCGAAGCUGAAGCCAAGGCCGAGGCCGAGCAGAUCACGGUAAAAGACGGACCUGAUGAUAGCGGCAACUACUAUGACCGUCCCGGCAAGCUGUCGGACUACUUCCCAUCGCCGUAUCCGAAUGAGGAAGCGGCACGUGCUGCCAACAAUGGUGCCUAUCCACCAGAUUUGAGCUACAUUGUCUCGGCGCGCAAGGGCGGUGAGGAUUACAUCUUUUCGCUGUUGACCGGCUACCAUGAUCCGCCAGCUGGUGUGGUUCUCCGUGAAGGCCAAUACUUCAACCCGUACUUCCCUGGCGGUGCCAUUUCCAUGGCCCAGGUCUUGUACAACGAGGUCAUUGAGUAUGAGGAUGGCACACCGCCAACACAGAGUCAAUUGGCCAAGGAUGUGGCCACGUUCCUCAAGUGGACAUCUGAGCCGGAGCAUGAUGAUCGCAAGCAGAUCCUGAUCAGAGUAAUUGGCAUUCUUGGCUUCCUGACUGCCAUCUCGUAUUACAUUAAGCGACACAAGUGGUCAUCCCUCAAGUCGCGAAAGAUCGUCUUUGUGCCCAAGAAGAAGUAGAUAUGUUUGAAUUGGAUUUGAUUUGACGUGAAGAAUUGCAGUGUUAUCGCCGUUAAAAUAAAUAAAUCAAUUUUAAGCAUAAAGCACACAUACAAAUUCAAUUACAAAUUCAAUAAUAAUAACAGCUACAACAUAACGAAAAGAGGAAACCAAACGUGUAUUCAUACAAUUAAACCAAAACUAUGCACGAAGAUCAAUGGACAGAAGAAAUACAGCAGAAAACCGGGGAGUAAUACCAACUAAAUCAAGCAAAGAGCCUAGAAAAAUGAAUAAUGGAGAUUAUUACAUUUGUCGUGUAUAAAUCUAUAAUUCAAUUUAUGUAUUUAAAUAAACAAUUGAAAACAAAAA